CGCCCGGCGGACGCCGCAGGUCCCAUGCCGCGCCGCGACCCCCGCGCCCCUGCCGCCCGCGCCCGCGGCCGCCCCCCGCCGCCCCGGGCUCGCCGCGCCGCGCCCGCGCGCCCCUCGCCGGGCCACCAGGCGAUGCCCGCUGGGCGCCCGCGAAAGUUUGUCGGCUCCCGCUGAAGGGCAGCGGCGCCCCCGCGUCCCCGCGCCCAGCUCCGGCCAGGAGCCUUCACGUAAAUGGGUCCAGUCAUGCCUCCCAGUAAGAAGCCAGAAAGCUCAGGAAUCAGUGUCUCCAGUGGACUGAGUCAGUGUUACCGGGGCAGCAGUUUCUCCAAGGCCCUUCAGGAAGACGAUGACCUCGACUUUUCUUUGCCUGACAUCAAAUUAGAAGAGGGGGCCGUGGAAGAUGAAGAGCUGACCAACCUGAACUGGCUGCACGAGAGCAAGAACUUGCUGAAGAGCUUUGGGGAGUCUGUCCUCAGGAGUGUCAGCCCUGUCCAGGACCUGGACGAUGACACCCCCCCAUCCCCCGCCCACUCUGACAUGCCCUAUGAUGCCAGGCAGAACCCCAACUGCAAACCCCCUUACUCCUUUAGCUGCCUCAUAUUUAUGGCCAUUGAGGAUUCUCCAAGCAAGCGUCUGCCAGUCAAGGAUAUCUACAACUGGAUCUUGGGACAUUUUCCGUAUUUUGCAAAUGCACCUACUGGGUGGAAAAACUCAGUGAGACAUAAUUUGUCAUUGAAUAAGUGUUUUAAGAAAGUGGACAAAGAGAGGAGUCAGAGUAUUGGGAAAGGGUCAUUGUGGUGCAUAGACCCAGAGUAUAGACAAAAUCUAAUUCAGGCUUUGAAAAAGACACCUUAUCACCCACACCCACACGUGUCCAAUACAUCUCCCACCUCUCCUCAGGCAUAUCAAAGCACAUCAGGUCCACCCAUCUGGCCGGGCAGUACCUUCUUCAAGAGAAACGGAGCCCUUCUCCAAGAUCCUGACAUUGAUGCUGCCAGUGCCAUGAUGCUUUUGAAUACUCCCCCUGAGAUACAAGCAGGUUUUCCUCCAGGAGUGAUACAGAACGGGGCACGAGUUCUGAGCCGAGGCCUAUUUCCUGGUGUCCGGCCGCUGCCCAUCACGCCCAUCGGGAUGACGGCAGCUGUGAGAAAUGGCAUCAGCAGCUGCCGCAUGCGGACUGAGAGUGAGCCAUCAUGUGGCUCCCCGGUGGUCAGCGGAGACCCCAAGGAGGAUCACAACUAUAGCAGUGCCAAGUCCUCCAACGCCCGGAGCACCUCCCCCGCCAGCGACUCUGUGUCCUCUUCUUCCUCCUCGGCCGAUGACCACUACGAGUUUGCCACAAAGGGGAGCCAGGAGGGCAGCGAAGGCAGCGAGGGCAGCUUCCAGAGCCAUGAGAGCCACAGCGAGACGGAAGAGGACGACAGGAAACGCAGCCAGAAGGAGCCCAAGGAUGCUCUGGGGGACAGUGGCUAUGCAUCCCAGCACAAGAAGCGCCAGCACUUCGCCAAGGCCAGGAAGGUCCCCAGCGACACCCUGCCCCUCAAAAAGAGACGCACCGAAAAGCCCCCCGAGAGUGAUGACGAGGAAAUGAAAGAAGCAGCCGGGUCACUCCUGCACUUAGCAGGGAUCCGGUCCUGUUUGAAUAACAUCACCAAUCGGACGGCAAAGGGGCAGAAAGAGCAAAAGGAAACCACAAAAAAUUAAAAACAAGUCACUGAUUUGUUUUGAACUUACGGCCAUUUGGUUUCAGCAUGUCAGGAGAUUUCUAAUGAUUUGUGGCAAUAUCAGCAAUGUUUUUCUUUUUAUUCCUUUUUGUUUUGUUUUGGUUUGGUUUUCUUUCUUUUCUUUUCCUUUUGAUUUUAUUCUUUUUUUAAUUUGCCCCCCUCUCCUUUGUUUUGGACCCUUAAGAAUUUUAUUUUUAAAGGAGAUUGAAGCCAUAGAACUCAUAUUGACACUCAGCUGUUUUACAAAAGCUUUUGAUUAUCCGAAGACAUAACCGAAAAAGCCAAAAUUGCCAUUGCUUCCUCCAGCUUAGAAACAUGUGGCUGAAUCCACAGGGAUGUCAACGUGAAUGCCACAGGAAUACACAUUCAGCACCUAGAGGGCACGCGGUGCAAAGUCAUCAUUGCUCAGGCCCAACCCUUAGGUUUAAAAAGUCAGGAUGUCCUCCACCCAGGUGGGUUCACUGAGUGAAGGCACAUAAAGAUGGGCGGAAGGAAGAACCCCUCGGCCCCCUAGGAGCAGACCCGAGUUCGUGGCUCCAGGCAUCCAGUUGUGCCAGGAAAACCCCUGGCAUUGUCACAAGCGAGCACAGGGGCCGGCCACCAGUCCUCUGUGCUUCCUACCACUGAAGCCUGGUAUCAUCUUAGAAGGUGGGCGCUGGACUGUUUGUAUGCAUCAGGUGUCAGUGACUAAUGAGAAGAAAUGGGGUAAAUUUUUAGUGAUGUUGCUAAUCAUUGGAUUUUGUUCUAUAAAAUCAAGAAAAUGUUC